AUGACCGUUGGGCCCUCGGAAUCUAGGGUUUCCUUUAUGUCGCCGCCACAGUGCCCCACCGGCUCCGACCUACACGAAGAUCGAGAGCGAGCCACGUCUCCCUCCCCUUGUCCUCACCUCUUAGAGUUCCGAGCUAACAAUGGUGGCGCAAAACCAUUUCGCGCGCUUCAAAAUUGUCUCAAAAUCAAGCAGCCAGGAGGACGCGCCGCGAUCCGUCGAGACGCCGCGGAGGUUCCUCAAUGUAGAGAGUGUGGAGAUUCAUUCGUGCCGCGGCUCUACGCGUGUGUUAACUGCGCCGCCGUGUCUUGUCAUUCUCCGUCGUCGUCGCACGCGGCUGCUCAUUCGCACAGGACAAUGCCCGGUCACGAGAUAUCCGUCGACGUCGAUCGGGCUGAGCUUUUCUGCUGUGUGUGUAGAGACCAAAUCUACGACCGCGAUUUCGAUUCCGCAGUGGUCAUGGCUCAGACAUUGACGGCACGAGGCGGAGACUCUCCGAGCGCUGAUAAUGUAAGGAAAAGACGGAGAGUAGAUUAUCGGCCAUGGAGUCCAGCUUUACAAGAACGUCUGCUAAUGGAGAAUCUCGUUAAUGGGGAAUCAGCAGAUUUUCCACCGGGACUUCGUGGCUUAAACAAUCUCGGAAGCACUUGCUUUAUGAACUCGGUAUUGCAAGCAUUGCUUCACACUGCUCCUCUGAGAAACUAUUUCCUCAGUGAUAAGCACAAUCNAGAUUUGUGUCAACACAAGACUCCAUUGAGACUAGCUUCUUCUGUCCAAGGGGGCAAGAGAGGUGGUAGAGGCAAGGGUGGUGCUCAUGUUGACAGUGCUCAAGAUGCCUACAAAAUAUGCUUAGCUUGUGAUUUUGAUGCAUUGUUCUCCGCUGUAUUCUCUGGAGGAGACCGGAAACCUUAUAGCCCUGCAAUGUUACUUCACAGUUGGUGGCGACAUGCUGGAAACUUGGCGAGUUAUGAGCAACAGGAUGCACAUGAAUUUUUCAUUUCGAUUCUCGAUAGUGUUCAUGAAAUGCUAGAGAAUGAUCACCAAAAGCCACAGAGUGCAGAACUUAACAAGCUAGUACACAUGUUUCAUUUCACUGGGAACAAUGUUAAUAGUAGUCAUAUCUGGACAAUGGUGAAUUUCAGUUCGAAAGGUUUCUGUGCAGGAAAUGGUGACUGCUGCAUUGCUCACAAAGUUUUCUCUGGUAUUUUGCGGUCUGAUGUCAUGUGCAUGAGUUGUGGUUUUACGUCAACAACAUACGAUCCAUGUGUUGACAUCUCCUUGGACUUGGAACCAAACAAGAUUUUGCCUCCAAACCCAUCCACAGGAAUUUCUGGUUGUCCUCCCAAAACAAAGGUGGACUACAAAAAUUCUAAAGGGAUAUCGACAUUGGUAGGCUGCCUGGACCGUUACACAAGAGCAGAGAAGUUGGGGCCGGAUCAGAAGUUUUUCUGUCAGCAAUGUCAAGAAAGGCAAGAGUCUCUGAAACAGAUGUCCAUAAGAAAGCUUCCUCUGGUUUCAUGUUUCCAUAUAAAGCGGUUCGAACAUUCGCCAGUGCGAAAAAUGUCAAGCAAAGUGGACCGGUAUCUUCAGUUCCCAUUUUCACUAGACAUGAGGCCCUAUCUAUCUUCAUCAGUCCUGAGAAGAAGGUUUGGUAACAGAAUGUUCCCUUUCGAAGAAAAAGACGAGAACAACAAUGUGGCCUAUGAGGUGUCAUCCGAGUUUGAACUGUUUGCAGUGGUGACUCACGCGGGAAAGCUCGAGUCAGGUCACUAUGUCACAUAUUUGAGGCUAAGUAAUGACUGGUACAAGUGUGACGAUGCUUGGAUCACGCGGGUGAAUGAGAACAUUGUGAGAGCUUCACAAGGGUACAUGAUCUUUUAUGUUCAGAAGAUGCUUUCCUACAAAACGAACGAGUAG